CUCAGACAUAAAUUAUUAAAAGUAUUUUUAUUUAUUAAUUUUGUUUUUUUUUUUUUGCAACAAAGCUCUAAAGAAAAAUGAGUAACUGCGGCAAAUACGUGGAUCGCAAUCCGACGUUGCGUGCUGCGGGAAUAUGCACUAAAAUAUUGGAAACAGCUGAGGAUGCAUUGAAAAGGUACUCGAUCGACGAGGCAGCUGAAAGUAUUAUGCACACGAAAUGCUUACAGAAAUACAAUGCUAUGCGUGGUGAUCUAUUGCCAAACCAAAGAUUCAUACCUGAAGAAAAUUUAAAAGAAUUGCUCAGCCCAGAAUUACAAAAGAGUAGAUUCGUUGUGUUCCGUGAAAAGUUUGCCGAAAAUAUGUACUCCAAGAAAGCAGAACUUGGAAAAGCUCUUCAAGUGGAUUCAAAGCCCGAGUACAUUACCAACGAAAGUACGACAUUUGGCGAACCUACACAGAGGUCGGAACCCUUAUAUAAUCUUAUGUUUCCAUGCAAAUCUCCAGAUGAAGUGAACCGCGAUUAUGUACGUUGGCAUGAGAAGUAUAUUAUAAGUCAUGGCCACUACUUACCUUCGGAACAAAUAAGGCGACAUUACACUAAACCAUUUGACCGGCACAACAAUUUUGGCCAAGUUUACGAUGUUGACUUCAAUGGAAAAUAUGUUAAAAGAGCCAUGGAACAAUGUGAUAGUCUAAUUGUUGUAAGCAAGGCACAAAAACAGUACCUUGAAAGAACAUUGGGUCAUUUGGGGCGAAGCAUUAACAGAGAAAAUCAUAUAACACCAGAUAUGACUUUUGGUGCACCCUCUAAACCAAAUGAAUGUAAUGUGAAAGCACUGAUUGAGUUACAAGAUCAAUGUGAAGGAACAAGUCCUUUAAUCACAGCUAUAGGAAAUUUAAAUAAGAUACGCCAGAGUCUAUUCGAUCGUCACACCUUGCACAUGCAAGAUUUGAAGUUGGCAUUGGAAAAAAGCGACAUUAAAAAAACUGGCCUUUUAACUUGGAAUCAAAUAUAUGAAAUAUUGUAUCGAGAAGGAGUUCAUUUAAACCCGCAUAAGAUAACUCCAGCAUUGCGGCAUUUCAACUUAAUCGAGAACGAGGGCUUACCUUCAGAGUGCAUCAAAUAUGAAGAGCUGUGGAAAUUAUUGCACGUCCAGUAUCCUAUCCCAAAAAUUGGUAAUAUAUCGAAAAUGCCACCAAAUAUUUAUAACAAAGACACAACAUACCGGCUUAUGUGUCAAGAUCGAACAAAGCCACCAGUUGAGGCUUUGCCUUUGAAACCCUUCGACCCAGAGUUUGCAGACGAGCCCACAACGGUCAAGGAUGUUAUUUCUCCGGAUAUACCUAUGCAUUUUGGACUUACCCCAAGUGAUUUCGCGAAAUUACGUACCAAGGAAGAAUUGCGUCGAAUAUUUAAACGUUUAAUAAAUGCAGACGAAUUCGACCCUCUUUGGGAGGCGGCGUACAAUAAUUUAAGGCGUACAAACGAGCUGAUUUCAGUAGUUGAAAUACGUAAUGUUAUGGAUAGUAAAAAAACACCUACAGUAUAAAACCAACAGCGGGAUUUGCAUGCCAUGAACAUUUCCAAUACGAUUUUCUACUUGAUGUAGAUAAAUU